AUUCGCACCAUGUACCUCGGCAUACAAAGUCACCGGCAGAAGGAGAACCAGCGGCGUUUUUACUGGGCUAUGAUGUAUGAGUAUGCCGAUGUCAACAUGCUGCGACUACUGGAGACCUUCUUAGAAAGCGCCCCUCAGCUGGUGCUGCAGCUCUGCAUCAUGAUCCAGAGCAACAAGGCUGAGUGGCUGCAGUGUGUUUCUGCCAUGUCCUCUCUCCUGUCCCUGGCCUGGGUGCUAGCGUCUUACCACAAACUCCUGCGUGAUUCACGUGACGACAAGAAGAGCAUGAGUUAUCGAGGCGCCCUGGUGCAUCUCUUCUGGCGCCUUUUUACCAUCUCUUCACGGGUGCUCUCCUUUGCCCUAUUUGCCUCUGUUUUCCACAUCUACUUUGGCAUUUUUGUGGUGCUCCAUUGGUGUGCCAUGGCUUUCUGGGUCAUCCAUGGUGGCACCGACUUCUGCAUGUCCAAAUGGGAGGAGGUACUGUUCAACAUGGUGGUGGGCGUGGUCUAUGUCUUCUGCUGGUUCAAUGUACGUGAGGGCCGGACACGGUACAGAAUGGUGGCCUAUUACACAGUUGUACUGUUAGAGAAUGCCAUCCUCAGCUCCCUUUGGUAUAUGUACCGCGACCCAGCCACCACUGACGCCUAUGCCUCUUUUGCCCUCUGUGGCGUCUUCCUGUGCUUUGCCUCAGGUGUGGCCUGUAUGGUUCUCUAUUAUGGGGUUCUACAUCCCAUGGGCCCCCGGCUGAGGGUGCUGGCCAGCUCCUGCUGUGCUGAGCUGCUGUGGGGCCUUCCCUUACCCCCUGAGGCUGAGCCCAUGGCUCCCACACCAGGCCCACGUGGCUCCCAGGCCACUCCUACACGGGGUGUGGCAGGGGAACAUGUGGAGUCAGAUGAAACAGCCACGGACACCUGCCUUCCGGUUUUCCAGGUGAGGUCCACAGAGCCUGUGGAUGCAGCCGGUAGACCCAUCCAGGCUGAGGGUCCUCUCAUCAAGAUAGACAUGCCCAGAAAACGCUACCCAGCCUGGGAUGCACACUUUGUGGAUCGGCGCCUGCGCAGGACCAUAAAUGUGCUGCAGUACAUUAGCCCUAAUGCGGUGGGCAUCAGGUAUAGGGACGGGCCGCUUCUUUAUGAACUCCUGCAGUACGAAUCCUCCUUCUGA